AUGGCUUCCAGUCCCCAUCUUCUCUCCAUUUUGUUUCUUCUCUUCCUCUCAUCGUUCUGUGUCUCACCUAUCUUGGGUACUUCUGUUACUGCCGCUGCUCAUCGUGUGGAAGGAGGAAUAAUACCAAUCGAGAAGAUCAAGAAUGCUCUCUCGAAUGCCAAUUUCUUUACCAUGUCCUUGACUCUGGACAUGGCUCUCAACACCACGAUCCCAUCUGAGUUCUUCAACAGCAACGAUAAAACCAUCACCAUAUUCUGCCCCUUGGACAGAGCGUUCAUGUCUCCAGGCUUCAAGUACGCAGGCCCUCCCUUGACCUUGCUGAGAUACCACGUUGCACUGGGGAAGUUCGACAGGGAGGCUUUGGAUUCACCGAAGCUGCACUGGUCUAAGGUCGAAACCUUGCUUACUGGGCAUGCUCUCGUUGUCACUUCAGUGAAUGGACGGGCAUCCAUCAAUGGCGUCAGCAUCACACAUUGGAAUCUAUACAAUGAUGGGCACGUCAUUGUUCAUGGCGUGGAGGAAUUCUUUGAUCCUGCUUUUCAGACUAUUUGGUUUCCUCAGUAUGAUGGUGGAGUUCCGAUCAACAUUAAUGACGAGUCCGUUACCGUGGGUUCUAGAAACGUGGUGGAUUUUCUUCUUAAGCUGAUAGAGUGA